AUGUUUGAAAAAAACUUUUCUAAUAAAUUAAAUGGAUCAGAUCUAGGAGUAUGCGAUUUAAAUAAAACUUUUACUCGAAGAAAUACACCAACAAAUAAUUCUUUGGGAUGUUUUAUUUUAGAUGAAAAACAUUUUACAAAUCCUUUUUAUGAUUAUGAUAGAAAUUUAAUGGAUCCAGGUUUAUGUUUAAUUCAUUGUAAAGAUUAUAAUUAUACAAUUUCUGCACUUAAAAAUGGAAAUGAAUGUAGAUGUGGAUUUCAAAAUGGUUUAAAACAACAAUUAGAUAAUGAAACUUGUAAUCUUGAUUGUAUUGGAAAUUCAACUUUUAAAUGUGGUGGUGAAGAAGUCUAUACUGUUUAUAAUACUAUAAUUGGACUUUCAAGUUAUAAUAUGUCUAAUAUAAGUUCCGAUAAAAAACAUGAGAUUAUAAAUAAUUUAAAAAAUGAUGUUCGAUAUAAUGGAUGUUUUCAAGAUAAUCCUUAUUGUGGUCGACGAUUAUUAAAUGGCACUUUAAACGAAAAUAUUCAUAUGACAAUUGAUUCUUGUAUAAAUUUUUGUAAAAAUAAGGGUUACACGUUUGCUGGAUUAGAGAUUGGUUCCCAAUGUUUCUGUGGGAAUGAAUAUGAACCUAUAAGAAGGUUGGGGGAUGAUUAUUGUAGUAGUAGUUGUAUAUUUAAUAGUUCUCAAAUCUGUGGAGGUCCUUUAACUCUCAGCAUUUACGAUACUGAAAUAACUUUUAGUAAUAAUACUGGAAUAACUUCUAGCAAUAAUGCUAAAAUAACUUCUGACAAUAUCAUUAGAUUAAUCUUGGAUAUAGUGGGUCUAGUUAUUUUAAUUAUUUUCAUUGCCGUUAUUAUCUUGAUAAUUUAUAAAAAACAUAGAAAAAGAAAAAUAGCAUCGCGUAUAUAUAAAUUGAUUAAACUCGAUGAUGGAAUUUCCCAAGACGUGUUCUGGAAACAAACUGGGCAUAAUAUAUAA